AUGAGGCCUGACUUCAUGUAUCGUGUCAAUGCGUUGCAGCAGUGCGUCACGAUCGCCACUGUCGAGACCAUGAAAGAGGCCAAUAGGGUGGUUGCGUUGGCCCUAGGCGACGCAGACCGAAGUAUCGUGUUUCGAAUAGGGAUAUCGCCAUGGGGCAGAGUGUUUCUAGCAGUCGUCACCUUCUGCGAUGCGUCGUUCGCUGCAGAGCCUGGGUACAAGUCCCAGAGAGGGCGAUUGCACUAUCUCUCCAUGCAGUCGCUCACGGACCAUCUUCUAAUAUUCGUAUCCAGACCCAUGGAGGACAAAAGGCUCGCCAUCGAGAUGACGGCACUUCGCCAAGCACUUUGGGUCGAUGACACACCGACGAGCGAAGCAUUCAUACCGUUUGGCGACAUCCUGAGAUGGAUCCCAACACAGCUCCAAUUGGCGGAUUGUUUGACGAAAAGCAUGAAGCCCAAGCUUCUCAAUGAUGCCUUGGCAAGCAACGAAGCGAUUAUCAAGGACGAAGCACCGACUGAGUGA